AUGUCCAAAGAAGCUAUUCGCUUUUUUACUAUUGCAGCUGUGAUUUGCUGCUGUGUAUAUUCUCGCAUCCCUCUUACUACAGAAAUUUCCGAGGCAUCAUUAGCCAAUUCGGAAUAUCUAAUAGUCCACCCCGGGUCAACCCUCAGUACAUCCCUUCCUGUCAGAUUCACUAAGUUGAAAGUAGUUGUAUCAGCACAUAGAGGAAUGGCCCUUUCGAGGAGUCUUGUUACUGGCCCGCUUAGCCCUAUGUAUCCUCGCAAUGCUAUUUCUGUAUACCAUCCCUUUUCCAUUGAUUCAGUAUCUCCCUUGCUUGCCUCCGCUCAAAGGAUAGGCUCAUGGUAUAAGUCGAGUAGCAGAACGAAGAAAGGGAGUGAACUCAAAGCCAGGAAAAAGAGCAUUUCGGACAAGGUUCUACCGAAAGACGAAAAGAAGCGUCCUCCCUCCCACUGGGGCAGAGCCCGUAGUGAAGGCUUGCCUAAUUCUCUUGGUUGA